AUGACCCAAGUGUCGAGCAAGCAAGCCAAUGAGCUCAAAUUGAAGCAGAUCUCGAGGGAUUUCAGGACGUAAGUCCCCCCCCCCCCCCACCUUUACUGAGGAUGUGAUACUCGCUGCAAGACUCGUGGCUCAUGGCCAUCUCCGAAGUGUGCUUUACCUUCCCGCUGGCUGAGCUGAUCAAUCGUUUUACCGCGUCCGCGCCUCACGAACCUCACACGAACGGGUCGAUACGCGCGCGCCUUUUUUGACUCGAUCGACGGACUCGUCCGAAAUCAAACUCAACCCCGGAUUCACGUCAAUCCAAUCAAUGGAACGACCACCGCAUCCAAUCACCUUGCUCUCACAACAGGGACACCAUCACGAUCCCGACCGAUGACAUGUUUGAUCUGAUGAAGGAGGCCUCGAGGGGUGAUGAUGUCUAUGGCGUGAGUGGCGCCAGCAGCGGAGACCGAAUCAGGACGGAUCGCGAGCUCGGGUGGUGCGGGUGGUGUGCGCGUCCGUCGGUGGGUGUACGGCUGACAGGCCUCGAUCCGUUCCUGUCGAAAGGAGGACCAAGCCACGAACGAUCUUCAGGAUCGCGUGGCCAAGUUGGCGGGCAAGGAAGCGGGCUUGUUCUGUGUUUCGGGUACGAUGGUCAGUCCCGAUCGGAGAGGCAAGGGCCAGAAAAGAAGAGGUGGAACCCGAACUGAUCCCACUCUGAUCGACGCAGACGAACCAAUUGGCGAUCCGAUCCCACCUGACCCAACCGCCGCACUCCAUCAUCCUCGACGCCCGAGCCCACGUCCACCUCUACGAAGCCGGUGGUGUCGCCUUCCAUUCCCAAGCUUCGUCCCAUGCCGUACCCCCCGCGAACGGUCACCAUCUCACCUUGGAGGAAGUCUUGAACAACGCCGUCUUUGGUGAAGACAUUCAUUCGGCACCUACGAGGUUGGUCGCGUUGGAAAACACGUUGAGUGGGAUGGUCUUCCCUCAGGAGGAGAUCGUCAGAAUCUCGGACAAGAUGCGCAAGGAGGGCAUCAUCGUCAGUCACCUUUCGAGUUCAGACGAGCUACGGUCCACGUAGAUAUGUUGUGCUGACCGAAGAAAGAGAUGACUCACAGAUGCACUGCGACGGAGCUAGGUUGUGGGAAGUCGUCGCCAAGACGGGCACCUCGCUCGAAGAACUCUGUCGCCCGUUCGACACCGUCUCGUUGUGCAUGUCCAAAGGUCUCGGAGCACCGAUAGGUUCCGUCCUCGUCGGCCCGAAAAAAUUCAUCGAACGUUGCAAGUGGUUCCGAAAGUGUUUUGGGGGCGGGAUUCGACAAUGUGGUGGUUUGGCCGCGUGCGCGGAUUGGGUCUUGGAUAACCAUUUGCCCAAGUUGAAGCAGACGCAUGAGAUGGCGUCGAGGUUGGCGCAACCGUUGGCGGAUUUGGGCGUACAAUUGAUGUUGCCCGUCGAGACCAGUUGAGUUCUGAUACUCGGGAGGUCGUCUCUGUGGCCAGAGGGGCAAAGUGGAAAAGCUGACGCUUUCGUUACUCUGAAAACAGACAUGCUUUGGCUGCAACCUACCUCAAUCGGGUUCACGAUCCAAGACCUCGCCGAACGCGCCAAGGAACGCCACAUCACCCUCGGAUCGAACCGCGUCGUGAUCCACCACCAAAUUUCUCCUCAAGCUCUGGACGAUCUCGUCGAUCUCGUGAGGGAGAUGAAGGAAGAGUUCAAGGACGCGCCAAAGACACCGUUGGAUUGGGAACAAAAUCAGAGGUUCGCCAAGGGGACUUAUGAGGGGGACAUUCAACCACCUAUUGCUAGGCUGGGCACGAAUUACGGUGAGUCGAGUCGUUUUGGCCAUUAUUUUUUUCUGUUUCAGAUCUCUAG